CACAAACUCGCUUCAGCUGAACACUCCGGCGACUUCGCCGACCACUUACCGGCGAGCUUCGCAAGUUCAUUAACCAAUCAGUAAUGAUGAGAAGAGAAUGAAGACAGAUCAUCAUCAUCAUGUCAGUAUCUUUCUCCGACUGCUUCUCCGACUUACUCUGCUGCGAGGACUCCGGAACAAUCUUCUCCGACGGAGACCUGCCGGAAUGUUCAUCUGACCUCGAAUCUCCGAUCAACAUCGAGGAAUCGAUCGCCGGAUUCAUUGAAGAUGAGAGAAACUACGUCCCCGGAAUCGACUAUAUCGAGAGAUUUCACUCUCAAUCAUUAGAUUCAAGCGCUCGCGAAGAAUCUAUUGCAUGGAUUCUCAAGGUGCAAAGUUAUUAUGGUUUUCAGCCGCUAACGGCGUAUCUGUCCGUCAACUAUUUUGAUCGGUUUCUGUACUCUCGCCGCCUGCCGCACACAAAUGGGUGGCCAUUGCAACUUUUAUCAGUCACUUGCUUAUCAUUAGCUGCCAAGAUGGAGGAACCUCUGGUUCCAUCUCUCUUGGAUCUUCAGGUUGGAGGUGCCAAAUAUAUUUUUGAACCUAGAACAAUUCGAAGGAUGGAGUUUCUUGUACUUGGUGUUCUGGAUUGGAGGCUGCGAUCCAUUACACCAUUCACCUUCAUGGGUUUCUUUGCAUACAAGCUUGAUCCAACAGGAACUUAUACAGGGUUCCUUAUCUCAAGGGCCACUGGAAUUAUCCUAUCGACCAUCCAAGAGGCUAGUUUUCUUGAGUAUUGGCCAUCAUGCAUUGCUGCUGCAGCAAUACUUAGUGCAGCCAACGACAUUCCAAACUUCUCCUUUGUUAAUGCUGGACAUGCUGAAUUAUGGUGUGAUGGACUAAGCAGAGAGAAGAUCAUCGGCUGCUACCGAUUAAUCCAAGCUGAUCAUAAUGGGAGAAGGAAGCCUCCUAAAGUCCUACCACAGCUCCGAGUCAUGACUCAGGCAAGAAUUGGGUCGAGUGACUCGUCUUCCUCAUCAUCGACCUCAUCUUAUAAAAGGAGGAAAUUAAAUAGCACUUCGUGGGUAGAUGAUGACAAGGGAAGCUCCGAUUAAUGGGAAAACUUUGCAGAAAACUAUACAAAAAAAUGGCAUGGUGGUCCAAGUGGUCUACAAUCCUCAAUAUUUUUAGGAGGGUUUUGAGAUAAAUUGACAAGAGUGGUGUAAAUUAUUAGAAUAUAUAAAUAUAUGUGUCUGUGAGAGUUUGGAGAGAGUGUGAGAUUUAUUAUUUUUUUUCUUGGUGGGCAUUGCCAUUCAUUAAUAUGGCUUUGCAGAUUCCCAAGGGUGGGAGAUAUGGUACAUAAUGUUUUGGUGUGUGAGAAAGUGAGGGAAAGAGAGGAGAGAGAGAUUGGUUUAAUAACUUAAUACUAUGGUGGAGUCAUGGAAUAUGAAACAAGUGGGGAGUGAUUGAAUUCAAAGGCAGCAUUGAUUGUUGAAUGAAAGAUGAGAGAUAGUGGGACCCUUGCUAUAGGGUCUGGGGACUGGAGGGGUAAAGGGGUAGAGAAAAUCAAUGGGGUUUGGCAAAAAAUAAAGGAUUGAGCUUUGAAGUUUGAGCUGCUCAUGGGAUAUAAGUCAAGCUCCUCAUUUAGGCCACCAUCAUUGCCUAUAGCCUUCAAUAUCUACCUGCUUCAGUAAAGAAUGGAAGAAAAAGAAGAAGGGGGAAUAAGGAUGGCUCCAUAUGGUAGACUUUUGAGUUUUUUGAGUGAUGUGUGUGUACAUACACUUUUAGUGUGUGUUCUACGCUGUGUGUAUGUGUGUUUUUUUUGGCGGGAAAUGUCUGUUACAGAUCCUAACCAUAUACUGGACUCUUUUUGAGUGAUGUUCACACGUGUAAGGGUUACAUGUGUGUGUCAUAUUCUUUUUAUUUUUUAUUUCUUUCUUUUUUUUUUUUUUGUUUUCUGGAGGGAAGAAUAGGUCCCUCUUUGAUGGCCAAAAAUUGGCCUAACCAUACAAAGGCCUUUGGGGGCCUUUUUGUGCGUGUUGUAUUUGGAUUCAUCAGUCAAUAGUUUUAUAUCUCUCUCUCUCUCUCUCUC